AUGUCUAAAAUACCAAGCCAACAGGUGGUCAUUGUCGGAAUCGACGCUAAUGCGAAGAUGGGACUCGAACAGCAAUCCGAUGUGCUAGGAAAAUGGUAUUAUCCAGCGCAGCGCACGUCGGACAACGGUGACCGUCUGGUCGACUUGUGCGAACAGACGGGCCUCAUCAUCGCUUCCACGUUUAAGAGGAAUCAUCAACUCCAUCAGCUCACGUGGCAGGCGUCAACCCUUUUAACGCCUGAAGAGCAGUGCAAGCAGAAGAUGAGGACUCUUAAGCUUCAGCUCGACUACGUUCUGACGAGGAACAUUCCUCAGUCAGAUAUGCGAAAAUCUAGAGCUGUUUGGGACGUCGCGUUCGACUCUGACCACCGUCCAGUUCUUCUCAGCUUCAAGAUACGGUUCCACAAGAAAAACCGAGGAGCUCCUCUCCAACCGAAAAUCGACAUGGCAGGUCUGAAAGGCGAUGAAUGCAGAACAAAAUUCCGCCAAUGUGUGUAG